AUGAAACUUUCCAUCGCCCUUCUUGCCGCUGCCGCUUUCGGCUCGGCCCUGGCCGCCCCCCAGAUUGAUGCCCACCUCUGGGCGACGUCUUCGUCGACAAGCAGCACUAGGUCUACGACUUCAACAUCGUAUUCCACUCGCACCAGCACAAGCUCCACCACUACCACUAACACCACCCCCAGCACCACCUCCAGCACCACAUCCAGCACUACGACCACUCUCUUGCCCUCCACUAGCUCGUGGUCUCGAGGAUGGAAGGCCCCUGAGACCUGGUCCGUCCCCAUUCCUACUACCGCCGCGAUUAAGAAGGUCACGUUCGCGAACGCCAAGGACGCGGCCAAUGAUGCAAACGACAAGAAGACGCGCGUCAACAAUGACAUUGAUACUGCCAACAAGGUCAACACUAACAGGGACCUCGCCAUUGUCGCUAUCGGCACUCUCAACACCGACCUCGACGACCUCUUGACUGACGUGGGCAUUCUCGUCGCGGAUCUGCUCACGGAUCUCGGGAAUGUUGCUGAGGACGUUCUCGUCCUUGUGGCUGCCCUUCUCGUGGACGUUGCCGUCAUUCUCGUCAACCUGGGAACCGUGCUCACCACCAUAACCACCAGCACCAGCGUCGGUCUCGUGCCCGCCCUGGUCAUCCUGCUCGAAGUCCUUGUCGUCGAGGUGCUGGCGCUGCUGGGGCCCAUCAUCAACAACGCCCUGAUUCUCGUCGCGGAGCUGGUCCACUUGGAUGUGCCCCUCGUCGUCUCCCAGAUCACCACUACCGUCAACACCAUCACAACCGCCGUCUACGACAUCGACGUCAUCCUGCAGCCCGUGGUUGGCGGAUUCCUCACCGUCUUCACCUGA